AUGGCAGCCCCUCUCACUACCUUUUCUGGUCCAAGGGCAGAAAUGAGCAUCCUGGAAACCAACCACUAUUUACGGUCUGAAUUGGAAAAAGUCAAACAGGACUUUCGAGACCUCACAGAGAAAUACCUGACCUCCAAAGCUACUGCUUAUUCUCUGGCCAAUCAACUGCAGAAAUACAAGUGUGAGGAGUACAAACACCUUAUUGAAUUUGUGCUGGAUGAAGAAGUACAGUUUGAAGGGGGCAAACUGGCAGAGAAUACGAGAGAAGCUUCAAGUGCUAGGAACUAUGAUCCCCUAAUUCAGAUACAGGCCCAAGAACUGACCCACUUAAGACAGAAGAUUCAGGAAGGAAAAGGUGCUUGUUACCUUUUCACUCAGCAUAUGAGGAACACAAUCAAGUCUUUUGAGAGUCUCCUCAGAAACACUGACAUUGCCUAUUACCAGGGAAAGAGAUUCUCUGAGCAACUGGUCCAAGGAACCCAGCUGGCAGAGCGCCUUGCCUGCAAGCUCACCAUCGAAAAGUGUAAUGAUAUGAAAGAUGAAGAAAAACAGGAGCCACUGGCUCCCAGGUAA